AUGAACAAUCCCAGCCUGUCUUCAAAACGCUCACUUUUCUUCCAGCUCAAAACAGUAUGUGUACCUUUAAUGGGCGUGACGGCUUUGACAGCGUCGUCUAUACCAACUGUAACCAGACUGCUGAAUGAACUGCUGGAAACUCUACAUAAUAUACGAUCUUCAGGAUACUCCCUUAAUGAGGCAACUAUCAAAUAUGUCUUCUUUCCGAUAUAUGCCCUCCUUAAUCGCAAUGAUUCCACCGCCAUCCCAGAUCAAGUACUGGAGAAAGUAUUCGCGAUCUUGAAUACACUUUGUGAAGACUGGUGGUGGUACUUGGAGCUGAAGGAUUGGGAUCAGCUCUUCAUGCUAUGCGGGUCGGUCAUUGGAGGAUUCGGAGCUAAGGGUAAAGGGAAGGAACGCGCUGAAGAGACGAAGGAGGCUGCUGCUCAUUGUCUGCUGACCUUAUUACGACCAAGGGAUAACGACGAUGGGCCGCUCACACCAAAUCAAGUCCGAUUGCGGAUGAGAAUGUUCGUAGAGCAUGCUCAGACGCCUUCUUUUAUCCCCAUCCUUGGCCAAACUCUCAAUUCGGUAUUAUUGGCCACCGAACAUCCUAGCCUGUCUCUGCAAUUAAGCAUGCUCGACCUUUUGUUCAUAAUGCUUUCGAGAUACUUCCCUGACGAUCUCAUCGUUUCGAUUCUCCCAGGCGUUGUCAGUACAACGUGCAAAUUAUGCUUGGGUGCUCCAGGAAGCAAAGGGUGGGCGAAGGGUGCUGUGGUUGGGAACUCCUUGCGCGUAAUGCAAGAGGUCAUAUCAAAAUCCAUUGGCGAUGAGCCUUGCAUCAAAGCAGGUGUUGUCUUAUCUGCAGAGACUAUCGAGGAACUUGCCGACCUCGUUGGCGAGCAACUACCGGAACAAUCUGCUCAAGAGGAAAGCAAGUACGGAACUUCUCGCACGUCAUCUUGGCUCAAAGUGACCUCCUCGCAGCUCCUUAUUGCCUUGAAAUCACUAUCCCCACUCAUUAAACACCCUACAUCCUCGGCCCUGAUGGGCUUGGCUGAAUUCUCAGCACACGUACUGCGAACUACGCCAACGACAUUACCUCAGAUUCAGCCUCUCCUUCUCUCCUACCUCCUAGCAUUGACUAAUUCAGAACUACCAAGUGUUUCAGGAAAAGUCACUGAGUUACUCUUAGAGCUUCUUACCGCGUCGUCCAAAGCUCGUUACUCUCUUACCUGGACACUUAUGCGGAUAACGAGAGAUAACCUGAUUGCUUUGCCCGUCCUUCUGCCCUCUCAAUCAGAUACAAAAGUAGAACACGUAACCGGUAUCAUUGAGGCAAUCUGUCGCCUUGCUUUGAUUGGAAAGGACAAUACGAAGAGCAAUCUCAGCCCUAUCGCAUUCGAAAUAGGAAAACUCCUUGGGCCUACAGGAGGUGUAGAGAAAUGGGGAUGGAGUUUGUUGUCUGUCCUGGAGCUUGUGGAUCCACCUGUCACUGUCACCAGCACAUCUGCAGCCCAAAUGAUGCUCGAAAAUGAACCUGAAGUAUCUGCGUGGCUUCCAUUCCCCCAGCCCAUGCUUAAAAAUGUUUCCUCCAUGAAUACCUUUGACUCCCUUGUCCGGAUGUUUCAUGCCUUGGGAAAGGCUGCGGGUGAUGCAGGUCUUUUUGCAGUUGAAUGGUUCGUGAACAUUGGUCAAAGCGGGAAAGAUUUCAAAGCCGUAACAGGAAUGUGGUGUGCUUGCCGACUCCUUGAGGGCAUAUCAAACGUGUCUCUGUCAGAAGAUCCCUCGACUUCGUUAAGGUUAUCCAGGAGCAAAAGGCUUGAAAAGCUGGCUCGCGGCUUAGUAAAAAGCACAGCACAACUUUGGGAUAGUAUUCACGAAGACGACCCUAUUGAUACACCAUCAGAAGGCAUACCGGAUGGGCACGACGAAGUACCUAAUCCCAUUCAGCAUGUUCGAGGUUUAAUUCGUCUCCACGAUACACUUCAAAUUACACGAGGGACACCUAUCGGACCUCGUAUCACAACGCAGCCUAUGCUUCACAGCGCCCUAUCUGUCCAGCUUAUAUCAAUCACAGCUGGGAUCCUUGAAACUCGCUUUUCCCCGUUGUUCAUCUACUCAUUAUAUCCUAUCCUCCAUAGUCUUGUUUCACCUUUUUCCUUCCUGGCGGAAACCGGGUUGAGAGCACUCACUUUCGUAACGGUCUGCACCUCGUAUGCUUCGCCUGCGAAUUUACUCUUAUCGAACUUUGACUACGUCCUUGACUCGGUUUCACGUCGUCUCAGUCGACAAUGGCUAGAUGUCGAUGCUACCAAAGUUCUGGCUGUUAUGAUACGAUUAGUGGGAAGCGAUAUUGUCGAGCGUGCGGGAGACGUGGUAGAAGAGUGUUUCGACCGAUUGGAUGAAUAUCAUGGCUAUGAAAUAGUGGUUGAAGGUCUUGUCGAAGUUCUAGGUGAAGUCAUGAAAAUCAUCAAAUUCGAAGAGCUGUCCAAGCUGUCCGAUGAUCAAACUCCGCCAGUACGACAAAGCUACAUUGACCAGCAGAAAUUUGAUUCCUUUUUCGAAUGGUUUGCACAUCGUUCGGAAUCGACAGUGGAGGAAGAUCAGGAGGAUUAUGGUCCUGCACCACGGAAAGGUUGGGGCGACGACAAUCCCCCGGACAAAGCAAACACUGGCGAUCAGCCUGAAGACGUUCCGGAAGUAAUGCCAGAUCAAGAACCUCCAUUGACUUCCUCGCAGGCUCUCACCAAACAAAUCGUUCAACGCUCGAUAUACUUCUUGACUCACGAGUCUACUGGAAUUCGCGCUCGAAUCCUCAAUUUGCUAAGCUCGUCGGUCGCAGUGCUAUCAGAAUCUACUCUGAUGCCUUCCAUCCAUUCUGCUUGGCCAUUUAUCCUCAAUCGCCUCGCUGAUACUGAGGUAUUCGUCGUCAGUGCAGCAGCUGGUCUCGUCGAGGCGCUUGUGACUUCCAUGGGCAGCCUAAUGUUUCGAAGGGUCUGGGAUGAUGUAUGGCCUCGCUUUCGUUCCAUACUCUCAAAACUAGAGACUGCAGAUAAGAUUAAUGCUGUGUCACAUCGAAUACGAGGAGGUGUUGGGACUGAGUCUGUCUAUACACAUUCGCAUCGACUAUACCGUUCCAUCAUCAACACAAUGACCGCAGCUUUAAAGGGGGUAGAUCCUCAAGAUAGCUCAAACUGGGAGGUCAUAGUCGCUUUCCGACGCUUCCUCCAUUCGGAAGCCGCUGAAGAACUACAGCAGUGUGUCCGGAAAUUGUACCUCGCUGCGGGUACAGUGAAUGCAGACGCUGUGUGGCUAGCUCUCACCGCUACCUCAGGACAAGUGACUUCCACAUCUACAAAAUUCUUGUAUGAAUCUCAAUGGGAUAUAGUACAAAAUGUGGAAUUGAUAUUAGGCGAGCUUGAUACAUGA